AUGGCGAAUGCUUUCGAGAGCAAGCUGUCCAAGGCCGUUGCACUGCUGGCGCUUGUGAAGGCGCAGCUCAUGUCACACCAGGCAUCCAAGGACGCGCUGUCCGUGCUUCGGGAAAUUGGGGCGACUUGGGGCGAGACAGCCUUACUGUUGGGCCUCGCACAGGAGGGUGCAAAGGAGGCGGGUCAGGCCGCAGCUCUCCUGGACCAGGCCAAGCGAAAGAAAAACAGGUGGCAGGAAGCGUAUGCGCUGCUGGUCACUGUUCUGGGCUCACUACCCAAGGGAGCGCCGGUGGCCACUGCCAUUGCCAAUUUCUUGACCUUUGCCAAGCAGCAUGGUGUUUACGUGGGAGCCACGGACGCUGCCUCGGGCAUUCGGAGGCUGCACUGCUACGGGGGGACGAUGCAGGAUUUGGAGGACAUCCAUGAUCGCCUGGGCGCUGCCUCCAAAUCCGGGAAGAA